UCAAGUCGACGUAUCUAUCUGUCUUUUUUUUUCUCCUCAUCGCCUCAGUUCGGGUCGAUUCAACGGGUCGGUUUAGGUUGGGCGUCCCUUAUAGUAGGGAACAUCGCUGAAAAGUGCUUGACUAUUUCGCUUAUAAUUUCGUUGAUUUUCUCAUUUUCAUUUUAUUCGCUGUCCACUCUAUUGUCCUGUGUUUGUGAUUUUUCAUUGGAUCAAGUAUUCGGAAAAAAAUUGUUGGCACAAAGUGAAUUUACCAUGUGUAUCAUGUCUCGUAACCUAGAAUGGAGGAAAUGCGUCAUCCUCAGCAGGUUGGCAGCAAUAUUAUGACCGGUGCGACACCAGCAAAUCCAGUAUUAAAUCAUUUGAAUAACACUCAUCGUCGCGGAAGAGCCCGAGUCACGAUGCACGCACUCAUGUCCGAAGCUUUGCCGCUGGAUGAGGCAGCCAGGCUUGAGAUGAAAUCAUUACCCACUAAGACACCAGUCUCUGUACUCCAAGAGUUACUGUCGAGACGUGGAACUACGCCCAAGUAUGAGCUGGUCCAGAUCGAGGGUGCAGUUCAUGAGCCGACGUUCAGAUAUCGUGUCACCGUUGCUGAUGUCGUUGAUCCAAUUGUUUCAGCAAUGGGGACCGGAAGGUCCAAGAAGGACGCCAAACACGCAGCUGCCAAGGCUGUACUUGAUAAAUUGAUUGGAGUCAAUACUGAAACUCCUGAGACACCUAUUCCUAAUAGCAUUCCUGAAACCCAGAAUAUUCAAGAUAUGCAGGGCAGUUAUGGUGAGGAAAAAGUGAUAAACAAUCCGAUAGGAUCACUUCAGGAGAUGUGUAUGUCACGUCAUUGGCCACCCCCGAAAUACACAAUGGAGGGUGAGGCUGGUCUUCCCCACGAGAGGCAAUUCACCAUUGUCUGUUCGAUGCUCAAGUAUCGUCAGGUGGGCCAGGGCAAGAGCAAGAAGCUGGCCAAACGCCAGGCAGCUCACAAGAUGUGGCAGACACUUCGUGAUGCCACUGAUCAAGCCCCAGGAGUCGACGAGGACGAGAUUGUCGAGAGGAAUGCUAAUGUCAGUGCUCGUUACGCUGACCUCAAAGACAGCAAAAUAUCCACACUGACGACACCACACAGUCACAAAGUUUCGCAAUUUCACAAGAACCUCAAGUCUUCCACUGGAGUUAAAUUGUCGGAGCUUCAGAAUACUUGCCUGAAUGAUGGAGUUGUUAAUCUGGUGCAAUUCCUCCAGGAAAUAGCCUCUGAACAGCAGUUCGAGGUGACUUACGUUGACAUUGAGGAGAAAUCGAUCAGUGGUAAAUGUCAGUGUCUCGUGCAGUUGUCCACUCUCCCAGUGGCAGUCUGCUAUGGCAGUGGAGUAACCAGCAAGGAUGCCCAAGCCAGCGCUGCGCAGAAUGCAUUGGAGUACCUCAAGAUCAUGACCAAGAAGUGAGCCAGCGCUCUCUCCCUGGCA